GUCGCCAGCGAUGUGUAGUGCGCGGCAUCUGGGCCGUGCACCCGAGCCUCGAGGGCUGUCACUUUGGUGAAGGCUUCGCUGGUGGCGAAGAGGCUGCAGAAUGGAGCCAGUGGGAGCCAAGCUGCUGCUGCUGUGGGCGAUGUGCUGCGGGCACACCAGAGCGGUUGGUUCCAGAAGCUACACCCAAGUCAUCGAGGUGACCAACGGGGGCCCCGCGGGCGACUGGGCCUGGCCCGAGAUGUGUCCUGACGGAUUUUUCACCAUCGGAUUCUCCAUCAAGGUGGAGCCCCCGCAAGGCAUUCCUGGAGACGACACGGCAGUGAACGGGAUUCGGCUGCACUGCUCCCGUGGGCACAAAGUGGAGUCCGAGUCUGGAAGGUGGGGCGCAUGGAGCGAGCCGCUGUGGUGUCCCCAUGGCAGCUUCCUCGUGGCUUUCUCACUCCGAGUGGAGGCACCCACGACCCUUGGGGACAACACGGGCGCCAACAACGUGCGCUUCCGCUGCUCCGACGGCAAGGAGCUGGAGGGGCCUGGCCUGGCCUGGGGAGACUUUGGAAGCUGGAGCGAGACGUGUCCUAAAGGCAUAUGUGGUUUGCAGACCAAGAUCCAGCGGCCCAGAGGCCUCCCCGACGACACCGCGGUGAACGACGUGCGUUUUUUCUGCUGCAGCAGCUGAUCCCUUUGCGGUCCCCUCCCGGCCCCACCUCCGGCUGUCCCACCUCCCGUAUUAAAGCUUCCCCGUCAUGG